AUGCCACAAAAAACUCUAAAUCCAGUUAGCUGGUAUCAAAUCAAUAAAUCAAUAGAACUAAAUUCUAUCAGUUAUAUACACAGUGUUGUUGCUGUUAGUAAUGCAAGGUUAGAGGCAACAAAGAAAAGUGAUAAUUCUGUUGCUGAUAGUGAUACUGAUGAUUUGUUGAAGAUACACACCGAAAUAGCAAUCAAACAUUUACGCAUAACACCAGCCACCGAAUCCGAGCAACAAGCAGAACUGUUACAAUUUAUCGCGAAAAAAGAACGAAAAAUUAAAGAUCUUCAAGAAGAAUUAGCACAACAUGAAGAUGAAUUACGAUUAUUAAGAGAACGAUGGGAGAGUAUCAGAUCGAGCAAGAGGAAUAGUGGGUGGUUGAGAGGUGGUGGUGGUAAUAGCGGUGAUAAUAAAGGAAAUGGAAGUGUCUUCAAAAAUAUUGAGAAUGGUGGUAUUAACGCAAAUCAAGAUAAUCUUAUCAGUAUAAAUAUAGAGAACGAAGAUUUCCGUACUGGUGCUUGGGGUAAUCUUAGUAAAAGUAUCUCGGCAUUAACAAGAUCAGACACUCUCAAAAAUGUACGAAAGAAAACAAUGGACACUGUACACACAGUAGAAAAAUCACUUGCCGAUUCACUAGUAGUUCAAACCGAGACUAUCGUUCGAACAUCUCCCGAAUACAUUUGGUCCCCUACUGAAGAGAUUUUUAGUCGUUCCGAUCUAGAUCUUUUACAAGAAGAGAAUGACGAUGAUGAAUUG